AUGGCGCUCGCCGCCUCCCACCACGGCCUCCUGCCCGUCGCCCCCGCCGCCACCCUUACCCCAACCCCGUCGCGGGGGCACCUGCUCUUCCGCGCCGCACGCCCUCUGCCCCGACCCGCCCGAAGAAUUUGUUGCCAAUCUAUCAACUCAGCUAAUGCGUUGGGAGCUUCUUCAACGACAUCUGACGAGGCAGUCCCAGUCCCAGUUGUCCAGAUAGAUCAAGAUUCAGACCGUGAUGCAACCAUUGUGCAGCUAAGUUUUGGAGAUCGUUUGGGGGCACUACUUGAUACGAUGAAAGCACUCAAGGACCUUGGCCUUGAUGUCACAAAAGGAAGUGUGACAACUGACUCAGCUGUCACACAAACAAAGUUCCAUAUCAUGCGAUUGUGGGUGCUUGCCCCUUCCUGUUUUAUUUUCGUGUGCAGCAUCUAG